AUGAUGGCUGCCGCCGCCUCCAUUCUCGCAGCAGCCACCUGCCCCUCCCUUUUGCCAGCCGCACCGUUUCUCCAUGGCUCCGCCUCUGUCUCUGAAGGGAUCCUUUUCCAGCACUCACCAAUCCCUAACAACAAACGCAGCUACAAUCUGAUCCAGAAUCCAAUCUAUUGCAGCGCCAGCAAGGGCGCUGGCUCCGGAGGGGGUUGCCCCUUCUUCAAGUAUCCCUCAAUGCUCACGGCCGGGCGCAACCAAGCAGAGCAUACAAAGUCUCCCGUUGUUUCUGCUCCAAAACAGGGGGCAGCGGGGCCUGGCUCAGCUUCCAGCAAUGGUAACCCCCACGGAUCGGUGGCGAUGCCUGCAAUUGCAACGGCUACGGUGGACACAGCGCCUGCAAGGAUUGUUCUGAACGAAGCGCAGCCUCCGCUGUCAAAAGCUGGGGCAAUUCUUGAACCUCAGCCUGUCUUCCCUGAUCGACCGGGCUACGAUCGCCAGCUCUUCCACAGAGUCGUCAACUUGGAAGACUACCCAGGAGCGCUCGCUGAGGCUAAAGCUUUCGUGCACAAGUGCCAUGCAUACGCAGAGGCUCUGCUCGAAAAUGAGGACUGGUUGGAAGGUAACGAAGAGUUCCGCCGCUUUGUGUACUCUGAGGCGGCCCUGGACCAAAGACUGGCCGAUAUUUACACCACCCACAUGGAGAAGGCCAACGAGUACGAUCCGGCAACGCAUCCGGCAAACGAUUGGUCGGGCUUGAAUGUUUUCAAGUCGCGAGCAGACUGUGACGAGCGCAUCGUCCAGUUCACUCCCUUCAACAUCACCGACGGCAUCUGGCUCUCGGGUGUCCACAACACGAGCGGCCCGGUCGACCAAGUCCAGUCGCUGCUGCUUCACAUUCUCCAGGACGAGUUGGGUAACGGCGACCCAACUAAGAACCACUGCAACAUCUGGAAAGACCUAUGCCAUCAGGAAGGCUUCUACCCCUACCCGCACACCAGCCAGGAGUUCGCCAACGAUCCCCGCUUCCUGGACUCAGCUUUCACGAUGCCAGCAUACCAGGCGUCCAUCUCGCGCCACACGCCAGAGUUCUUCCCGGAGAUCCUGGGCAUCACGAUGCAGUUCGAGUGGUUCGCGGGGCCGGAUCUGACAACCACCAUCAAGCUACUUGACUACUACGGCGUCAACUCGCACUUUUACGUCAUGCACAAAGGGAUCGACAACGCUUCGGACGGCCACGGCGCGUGGGCGGUCGAGGCGGUGAAGCUUUACCUGGAACAGGUCGAAGCACAGCUCGGGUAUGACGCCAUGCAGGCGGCGUGGAGAAGGAUCUGGAAUGGACUUGAAGAACAAGCUCUUGCACCCGUUGAGCCCCGCCGCACGGAUGACGCAAAUGAUCACGCACAAGGCCCCUUACGCGAGCCAGAACCACGGCGACGCCAAGCUGGGGCUCACCAAGAUCAACGGGGGGUCCUGCCGCCCGACAAUACAGACCCCCGAAAGCUGCUCGAUGAGCUCGCGAGCAGCCCCUUCGUCGACCCGGGAAGCCCCAAGACCAGCUCCAUCUUCGAUCUGAUGAACUUCCAGACGGGGCCGAUGCUCGGGGUUUUCACACCAGCUGAGCAAGUGCUCUGGGCGGACUGGAUCAGCAGCCUAGGCCCCCAGCCGAAUCCGCUUCCGCCGCCUUCCGCAGCGGAAAGCUUCAAGAAGGCGCUCGAGUACUUCCGGAAGCAGGCACUGGGGGAGGAGGCUCAUACGACGAAAUUCCUGCACGGAAAGGGUAACCCGCAGGAAAAAGAGGUUACUGAAUGGCUGAAGGGUUCUCUGGACGACUUCAUGGCGGCUCUCGCGGACCCGUCCAACGGUUACGUCACGCCCCACUAUGCUGACGCCAGCUCCUUCCUGACCGUCUACCUCGCCCCGGGGGGCGGGUCCAUGGGCCAGUUCUGGCAGAACAUUGUGCCCGGUACCGGUAUGACCGGUCACCAUAUCGCCGAGGCCUGGAUCACGGCGGGCUGCCCGCUGGUGGGGGAUCCCCCGGUCGCUUCGGCGGCUGUACCGGCUGAAGCGGUGCGUACCAAGCUGUGGCUUUCGUCCUCGGCGGAGACGGUGCGCGCGCACCCCCAGGGGAAGAUCUUUGGCAUGGGGGCCGUGCAGUAG